AUGAGUGCCUGGAAGGAGUAUUUGGCAUCCGUAGAGCAGGAACCAGAGCAGAAUCAGUCUGCAUCGCGUAGUAAAGGGAGCAAUCAGACUGCUGAAGCAGUUGCAAACAGUAAAGUUGGACCAGUGUCAAAGUCGGAUGAUGGAGAAGCUAGUAAUAGUAGUGGUGCGGUGACCGCACCGGCCAUGAUAUUUGACUCGAAAAAUCUGCCAUCCAUACUUACUCAGUCAGAAUCUUAUGAUGCUCUACUCACUCCCGACGGCGAUGUCACUCAAACUGCACCAUCCGCUGUCAGAGACUUUAUCUUGUCGCAUCAUGGCCAUACAGUCAUAACAAAGGUCCUGAUAGCCAACAACGGUAUGGCUGCUGUCAAAGCAAUCCGAUCCAUUCGAAAAUUCUCGUACGAAACCUUUGGAGACGAACGAGCAAUCACCUUCACCGUGAUGUGUACACCACAAGAUCUAGGUGUCAAUGCUGAAUUCAUCCGUAUGGCAGACCACUACGUCGAAGUGCCUGGAGGUACCAGUAAUCAUAAUUAUGCUAACGUGGACUUGAUUGUCGAUGUUGCUGAACGUACUGGUGUCCAUGCUGUUUGGGUUGGUUGGGGGUUUGCUUCCGAAAAUCCAGUCUUGGCUGAAAAAUUGGCUAAAUUGAAAACAAAACCUGUCUUUAUUGGUCCACCGCCAUCUGCCAUGAGAGCUCUAGGUGAUAAAAUCGCUUCCACUAUUGUCGCUCAAUCUGCUGAUGUGCCUUGUGUCGCUUGGUCUGGUACGGGUAUAACUACUCAUGCAGUCGAUGAAAACGGACACGUAUGUGUCCCUGAAGAUGCCUUCCGUCAAGCUACUACUCUAGAUGUAGAUGAGGGUAUUGCUCAUGCUGAACGCAUUGGCUUCCCAGUCAUGAUCAAAGCUUCUGAAGGUGGUGGAGGAAAGGGUAUUCGUCUUGUUGAAGACGCAAAGAACUUUAAGCAGUCCUUCAUCCAAGUACAACGUGAAAUACCAGGUUCUCCCAUCUUUAUCAUGAAACUUGUCCGAAAUGCUCGUCACUUGGAAGUGCAAUUGCUUGCUGAUCAGUAUGGAAAUGCUAUUGCCCUGUUUGGUCGUGAUUGCUCAGUCCAACGUCGUCAUCAAAAGAUUCUUGAAGAGGCACCAGUCACUAUCGCUCCUCCAGAAACUAUUGAGGAAAUGCAAAAAGCUGCAGUACGUCUUGCUAAGUUAGUAGGUUAUGUAUCAGCUGGUACUGUAGAAUACUUGUAUGAACCAUCAACUGGCAAAUUCUCCUUUUUGGAACUCAACCCUCGUCUACAAGUCGAACAUCCUUGUACUGAAAUGGUGUCAGGUGUCAAUAUUCCAGCUGCUCAACUCCAGGUAGCCAUGGGUAUCCCAUUGUCUGGUAUCCGCGAUAUUCGUAUAUUAUAUGGUGUCACUCCGACGGCUACAUCCGAUAUUGACUUUGAAUUCACCAGUCCCGUAUCACUCCAAUCCCAACGUAAACCAUCACCUAAAGGUCACGUCAUUGCUGCUCGUAUUACAGCUGAAAAUCCUGAAGCUGGAUUCAAACCAAACAGUGGUAAAGUCAUUGAACUCAACUUUAGGUCCAACUCGAACGUAUGGGGUUACUUCUCCAUCAACCCAUCUGGUGGUGUCCACGAAUAUGCCGACUCUCAAUUUGGUCACAUCUUCUCAUAUGGUGAAACUCGUAAUGAUGCUCGUAAAAACUUGAUUAUGGCGUUAAAAGAAUUGUCCAUUCGUGGUGACUUCCGAACCACUGUCGAAUUCCUGGUCAAACUCCUGGAGCAUGAUACAUAUAUCAAUAAUGCCAUUACAACAGGUUGGCUCGACAUGUUGAUUGCUCAACGAUUACAAGUAGAGAAACCAGACUCGGUAUUAGCUGCUGUUUGUGGUGCCGUAUACAAGUCGUUUACUCGCUUUGAAAACAAUAUUGGAGAGUAUCGAAAAGCUCUUGAGAAGGGUCAAAUCCCAUCCAAGAGUCUCUUGGCUACAUCCUUCCGAGCUGACUUCAUAUAUGAUAAUGUUCAGUAUCGACUUUCUUGUAUUGUCUCUGGACCUGAGGGUAUUGUUGUUACUACGGAAACCUCAAAGGUCGAAACCGUCGCUCGUAAAUUGGCUGAUGGUGGUAUACUUGUCCUCAUGGGUGGUCGCUCUCAUGUCGUAUAUGCCAAGGAAGAACCUCAUGUCACUCAAUUAACUUUGGAUGGAAAGGUCAUCUUGCUUGAAAAGGAAAAUGAUCCCACCAAGCUUCGUAGUCCAUCUCCUGGUAAACUGGUCAGGUACUUGGUAGACGAUGGUGCCCAUUUGAUGGCUGGUGAAGCCUUUGCUGAAAUUGAGGUCAUGAAAAUGUAUAUGCCUCUUGUUGCUACUGAAUCCGGUAUUGUCAAAUUCACCAAGUCUGCUGGAACCACUCUUACAACUGGUGAUGUUCUUGGAAGCUUGAUUUUGGAUGACCCAUCCAGAGUGAAGCAAGCUACUCCAUUCGAAGGUGACUUCCCAGAAGUUGGAAAUGCACAAUACUCUGGUGAAAAGCCACACCAACGACUCCGUCAAAUCAUGCUCACUAUGGAUAACAUAUUAGCAGGAUAUGAACCACAAGACGAUGUCCAAACUCAAGUUCGAAACCUGGUCGAACUUUUACGAGAUCAUCAAGUUCCUAACUUGGAACUUGGUGAAGUCUUGUCUGCUCUCAGCGGUCGUCUUCCACCUAAACUCGAAGCAGGUCUCCAUCAUGAAUUGGAAGCUGCCAUGGAACACAAACGACCAUUCUCUGCACCGACACUGCAAGCUCUCAUCAAAGCUGCACGUCCAGAACUACCAGCUGACGAACUCCUCGCUUUUGAUGGCAACAUUGCCACUGUCCAAACUAUUUUGGACAACUACAACCAAGGACUGAAAUACCACGAACGUAAUGUCAUAAAUGGCUUAUUACGAAAGUAUUGGGAAGUCGAGGAACUGUUUAGUGAGAAGCGAUAUGAAGAUGUACUCUUCCAGCUUCGAGAAAAGCACAAGACCGAAAUAGCUUCAGCUGUGAAUAUUGCUCUGUCGCACUCAAAGAGUGGUACUCGUAGUGAAGUCGUGUUGACCUUAUUGGAUAAUGUUAGGUUUGAUAAUGAUGGUGAAGGUUGGAAGACUGUCUACUUGGCUAGCUUGAAAGAUUUGGCAAAUCUAGCCAAUCGAUCUGCUUCCAAGGUCUCAUUGAAGGCUCGAGAACUCUUGAUCUAUAAUGAAUUGCCAACAUAUGAAGAACGUCAUACCCAAACUCUUCAAAUCUUGAGUGAUGGUGUCAAACGACCAUCAUUGCCAACAGCACCACCAGCAUUCCGAUAUGAUAGCUUACUUAAACUCAUCACCGCAAACUAUGCUAUAUUGGAUGUAUUGCCGGCCUUCUUCUAUCACCCAGACGUCGGAAUCCAAUCCGUAGCCUUCUAUACAUACAUCAGUCAUACAUACCAGGCAUAUACAUUGAAGGCCAUUCGACACCAUACAGAAUCGACUCCAGUCGUUUUUGAAUGGGAAUUCAUCUUGCGUCAUCAGACCAAGGCAGCUGACAAUCUAAGUCGAUCAUCAUCUCGACCGCUUGGAUCAUACUCGGACUUGACAGCUCUAAGCUUUGACUCUCAAGCUUCUCGAAAGGGUAUAAUGACAGCCUUCUCAUCUCUGAACGACUUGGAUAACAAACUCACCAAUGUAUUGACCACCUACGGUGACUCGAUGCUCAAUGGUAAAGCUUCCGGUCGUAUCGAAAUAUAUCGUCGUGGAGCCAUGAACGUCUUCAAUAUUGCCAUCAAGGAUGAUAAUAAUGAAGCUCUAUUGUUGUCGGAUGAGGAUGCUCGAGCACGAUUUGCUCAAUUGGUGUUGAAGAACGCUGACUUGUUGAGGGCCAAAUCUGUCCGUCGUAUUACUUUCAUGGUUAUUCGUGAGAGUCACUUCCCUCGAUACUUUACAUUCAAGGAAGCUGUAGAUUAUGCUGAAGAUACCAUCAUUCGUCAUAUUGAACCUGCUAUGGCUUACCAACUUGAAUUGCAACGAUUGCAAAACUUUGAUAUCAAACCUUGCUUCUUAGACAAUCGUCGUUUGCAUGUCUACUAUGCCGUCGGCAAGAAGAAUCCAACAGAUAUGCGAUUCUUUGUCAGAGCUAUUGUCUACCCUGGACAAGUAGCCAAUAUCAACACUCACGACUUUUUGGUAUCAGAGGGAAACCGUAUAUUGGUCGAUAUUAUGGAUGCCUUGGAAGUAGUUAGCAGCACCUAUCCCAACACAGAUUGCAAUCAUCUCUUCAUCAACUUUGUACCAACCUUCGAGUUGGACUUGUCGACUGUCGAGUCAUCUCUCCACGAAUUUAUCGAACGUCACGGUAUUCGUUUAUGGAAGUUGCGUGUAACGCAAGCUGAAGUACGAUUUGUCGUCAAGAGUGUUAUGGGUGGAUCAGUCAAACCCGUCCGAUUCAUAAUCAAUAAUGUAUCAGGAUAUGUGACUCGAACCGAUAUGUAUCAGGAAACUAGAGAUGCUACUGGACAAAAGCUCAUGUCAUUGUCUCAACCAACUGGUCCAUUGCACUUGCAAGCUGUCACCUCCUUGUAUGCUCCAAAGGAAGCCAUCCAACCUAAACGAUACAAGGCUCACUUGAUGGCUACUACGUAUGUAUAUGACUUCCCUGAACUCUUCAGACGUAACUUGGAAAAGGCUUGGGCCAAGUUUGCAGAGUCUUCUGGAGCUCAUAUUCCAACCACUUUAUUGAAUGUCACUGAAUUGGUAUUGAAUGAUGUUGGUGAUCUUGAAGAGAGCUCUCGUCUUCCAGGAGCAAACACUGUUGGUAUGGUCGCUUGGGACUAUGAAAUGAUCACUCCAGAGUACCCAGAAGGUCGUCAUAUCGUCGUCAUUGCCAACGACAUUACCUUCAACGUUGGUUCCUUCGGCCCAACGGAAGACUUGGUCUUCUUCAAAGCUUCUGAAUACGCGCGUAAACACGGUAUUCCAAGGAUAUAUAUCUCAGCCAACUCUGGAGCUCGUGUUGGUUUGGCAGAUGAAGUUGCUACUCGAUACAAGAUUGCUUGGAUUGAUGAUGCUGCACCAUCAAAGGGUAUCUCAUACUUGUAUCUUGAUGAUGAAGGAUACAAGGCUCUUGUCGCUGGUAAAGAUAAACCAUCAGUCAACUGUGAAAAGAUUGAAGAUAAGGGUGAAACACGAUACAAGAUAGAUGAUGUUAUUGGUCGUGUCCACGGUCUUGGUGUUGAAAACUUGCAAGGAUCUGGUAUGAUUGCUGGUGAAACCAGUUUGGCAUACGAAGAGAUCUUUACUCUUACCCUGGUUACUUGUCGAUCUGUUGGUAUUGGUGCUUACUUGGUCCGUCUUGGUCAACGUGCCAUUCAGGUCGAAUAUACUCCCAUCAUCUUGACUGGUGCUUCUGCUCUCAACAAAGUAUUGAGUCGUGAAGUAUAUACAUCCAACUUGCAAUUGGGAGGUACUCAAAUCAUGCACAAGAACGGUGUAUCGCAUUUGGUCGCUUCCAACGAUAUGCAGGGCGUACAAGAGAUUGUGAACUGGCUCUCGUAUGUGCCAAAGCACAAAAAUUCUGCUCUACCGGUCUUGGUCUCGGAAGAUGAAAUCGACCGUGAUAUAGAUGUACCUAUUCCAACAGGUCCAUAUGAUCCUCGUACCUUGUUGUCUGGAGUCACCAACGAAACUGGUGAAUACGUACACGGCUUCUUUGAUAAGGGCUCGUUUACUGAAACCUUGGCUGGAUGGGCUAAAGGUGUGGUCGUUGGUCGAGCACGAUUGGGAGGUAUCCCCAUGGGUGUAAUAGCUGUAGAGACCCGUGUCACUGAAACCGUCAACUGGGCUGAUCCUGCCAACGAAGCAUCCAUUGAACAGACCAUCCAGGAAGCUGGUCAAGUCUGGUUCCCCAACUCGGCUUAUAAAACAGCACAAGCCAUCAAAGACUUCAACAAGGGUGAACAAUUGCCAUUGAUUAUCUUUGCCAACUGGCGAGGAUUCUCUGGUGGUCAAUCGGACAUGUUCAAGGAAAUUUUGAAAUAUGGAUCAUAUAUCGUCGAUGCUUUACGAGAGUACAAGCAACCUGUAUUUAUAUAUCUCAUAGGUGAAUUACGUGGUGGUGCUUGGGUCGUCUUGGAUCCCACAAUCAAUCCCCAAAUGAUGGAAAUGUACGCAGAAACCAACUCUCGUGGAGGUGUAUUGGAGCCAGAGGGUAUAGUAGAAAUCAAAUUCCGAAAACCCCAGCUUGUCGCCACCAUUGAACGUCUGGAUACCGUAUACCGAGACCUGAAACUGAAACUAGCCAGUACAGAUCUACCCGAAAUGCAACGUGUUGAACUCCAACGUCAAUUCGAUCGUCGUGAAAAGGAAAUGCUACCAUAUUAUCAACAGGCUUCUCUACUCUUUGCUGAUCUCCAUGAUCGACCAGGACGUAUGUCAGCUAAAGGUGUCAUCAACCGAGUCGUGGAAUGGCGUGACGCUCGCCGCUUCUUCUACAUACGUCUCUUACGUCGUAUAUCCGAAGAAUCCCUCAUCCGAGAAGUAUUGACAGCCAACCCGAAAAUGUCUCGUGAUGAUUCCUUGACAAUGUUGGCCAACUGGUUCAAGGAAGAUGCACGUCGUAGAGCAGAUAGUGAUCUUGAUUAUACAGGUUCCGACUUGGAUGUUGUACGUUGGUUGAAUGCUAAACGUGAAGCUAUUGAAACACGAUUGCAACAAAUCAAGGCAGAUCAUGCUGCUCAACAGAUUGAGGAUUGGGCUGCCGUCAAUCCCCAAGUUGCGUUGGAUGGAUUCUUACGUCUGGUGUCAAGGCUUAACGAUACGCAGAAAAAAGCUGUUGUGGAUGGUCUUGGACGUGUGGGAUUGAUUCCUAACGCCAACAACUAG